ACGGAGAAGGAUGGGCAGCGGGUCGAUGGAGAGGAGGUUAUCCUUUCGCCGCGAAAGCGCGAAAGCGCGGAGUGAAGAAGUUCUUAAUGAAGAGUUCGCUAGACGAGAUUGACACGGUCGAGCCACUGAGGCGGGCCCUUCGGCAGCCCAUGCAGUGCUCUAUUCUGGAGUACCUAGCGUCAUCCAAGCCGGCUCGUGAUGAGUUACAGAUGAUCACGCGAAAGACUCGCAUACCCCUAUCGGAGGAGGGUCAAGGGGCCCCUAAGGCGGAAGCUUCUACAGUAGCAGUAACGGGGGUGACUGCCAGAGCGGAUCGCAUGGCGACAGUCUUUCUCGAUGGAAUGGAAGGUGUGCCUCCAGACAAGUUUUAUAUACUUGGUAGCGGGGCCGUGGAGACGAUUAUAAACGAUGGAGCGGUACUCGAUGCUGUGAUCGAUAACGGCAGUGAGGCUGUCAUCAUAGACGAGGACCUGGCAGUACAGGUUGGACUGGGCCUCGACAGGUCGUACCUAUUCGAGAUAGAGACGACUGAUGGGAGAAAGCAACAGAUCACUAGGGUUUGUCACAAGGCAGCCAUAGAGGUCCAAGGGGUACGAGUGACCCUGCCUGUCUUUGCAGUCAAGAACUGCAGCUCCGACCUGCUCUUGGGUCGAAUGUGGCUGAGCCACGUGCAUGCGGUGACGAUAGAGCGACCUGAUGGGAGCCAAACAUUGUCCAUUAAGAAGCCAGACGGGACGCGGGUAAUGACUGAGACAGUGGAGCCUCGGGACCCGAGGAACAGAGCAGCUCUUGCUGUGGGUGCGAGACCAAGUGAUCAGAUKAAGUCGUUACCUAUCUCCGGCCGCGCGGUGCGAUUUCGCAAGAAGAAAUAUGGACCACUGCUCACAGAGGAAGAAGGUCGGAUCGUGGAGGUGGAAGAUGUAGGGAGUCGGCUAAUAGUGCAUGGCAACUCGUACCCAAAGGAAAAAGAUGAGGAGUUUGGCGGUGUGAAGGAGGAGGAAGAAGUUAUCGCUUUCCUCAAAGAAAAGAUGGUUUCCCACGUUGCGGAGCCGUCUUAUAGCGCUUAUGCUAAUCGAUGGUUCUUCCUACGAAAGCCGAAUGGCAAGAUCCAAUGGAUCCAGGACCUUCAGAAGGUCAACGCGGUGACGAUACGAGACGUGGGCUCCGCGCCACACGCCGAUUUACUGGCAGAAGGUGCCGCAGGAUCAUGUUCAGUAGGUGGUUUGCUGUCUCAGAACGACGCUGGAGGGAAGGAAAGACCGUUAAGAUUUGAGAGUAGGACACUUAAUACGGCUGAGCGUAACUACAGUCAAUUCAAGACGGAAGUGUUAGCUGUUCUUCGGUGUCUAGACACGUUCAGACACUAUAUCUAUAGGCGACGGUUUAUCUUGAGAGUAGACCCCACCGCGGUUGCCUCUGUCCUCCAGAAGGACUUUAGUCUGACGGACCCGACCAUCGCCCGAUGGUUAAUACAGAUUCGGCUAUACGAUUACACGGUUGAKAGGAUAUCUGGCACUAAAAAUGCCGUGGCAGAUGGACUUUCGCGCAUCCCUCUUGAGGCCGAGCGCCCGAUAAUAGUUGGGGCCCUGACUAUGGCGAAGACAGGACCCACCGAGCGUUUUCUGAUUAACCUUUACGAGGGCAAAUAUCGAAUGAUCAGGCUACAUUUGUCAGGAAAGGAGAGUCAAGAAUCAGAUAUCCGGAGACAAGCGGCCCAGUACUGCCUUAGAGCUGGCCAUCUGUUUUGAAGGCCGAGCGGCUCGGGGAUGCCCUUACGAGUAGUUUGUGACCCUGAGGAGAGACAGACAAUAGUUGCGGAGCGUCACGACGGGGUAGUCGGAGGACACAGGGGACUCAAAGGAACCUACGAAAAGGUACGCAGGUUAUAUUGGUGGGAAGGACAGUAUAAGGACAUCAAGAGGUAUUGUAGGACCUGCGAAGAGUGCCAGAAGAGAGCUCUUGUGAGAUACAAAGAGCCACUUCAUCCAUCUUAUCGGACCAGACCAGGAGAGAAGGUACACAUCGAUCUAGUGAAAAUGCCGAAAGGGGUAGGCAAUAUGAACUACGUCGUGAACAUACGAGAUGAUUUCACUGGGUUCGUGGACGGUAGACCUAUCAGGAGUAAGGCGGCAAAGGAAGUAAAGAACUUUGUCCUAG